AUGUCCGGAGCAGAGGUUUUCAGUGCAUUAGGCACCCCUGCACGAACGGCUGCACGGGCUCUGCUCGCACCACGCUAUGUUGUCAAUGGCUUCCAGCCCCUUCGAGAAUGGAUGGACAACGAGUAUGCACGCGCGCGAUAUGGACGGUGGUAUAUGUGGCGUAUAUGGCUUCUUUUCGACUGUAAAGAUUUGGAAGUGCUGGAGAAUUUGAUCAACAACGAAAAAGAUGAGAAAGUACUUGAGAUGCGGGACACGAAGUUGAAGCAGUUCAAACUAGUCACGCUGGUGGGUGCCCUCUUAGCAACCCUAGCUCUCCAGGCGCUUUCUCUCCCCGUUUUGGAAAAGACGACAUUCGUCGCACGCGCAUGCUUCAUCGUUAGCACUAUGCUGUCCCUCCUCGCAACAUUCUUCACUCUCAUCCAGCAACGCGAAGUUGGCGUCAUCCGCGACGCGAAAUCCUUUCGGAGAUGGCUCUCCAACGGCAUCCAGUACCACAAUGCCCGAGAGCGUCUUGUAUGGCAAAGCUCUCUGACGUCUCUAACGUUAGUCGAAGCUCCCUACGAACUGAUCAGCUUGGCCGUAGCAAGCUUCGUAGCAGGCAUGUCGGCAUAUGUAUGGGAUGUUUGGAAGGACCGGCUAGAGACCCAGAAAGAGCAGGGGAUGGAUGGUGUAGCAAUAGUGGUGUACUUUGCAGUUGCAACAGGCUUUGCGUUUACCAUGUUUCCAGUACUAUUAGGACUUAAAGAUCGGGAGGAGAGUGUACAUCAUAAGAGUAUGGAGAUGUAG